AUGGAUUCUUUUAUGCUUCAGGAUGAAGGCGUGCGUGAUCGCAUUCGCCAGGCGGAAGAGUUUCUCGAUCCCAAUGAUCCCCAAGUCCGAAGUUAUCGAUCAGACAUCAUUCUCAUGCUCCAGAAGAACCAGCGCCGCCUGAUAGUCAACCUCGAUCAUGUACGCAAUCAUAAUCAAGACCUCGCACAGGGUCUGCUGCAGCAACCCUUCGACUUCACCCUGGCAUUUGAUCAAGCCUUGAAGAAUAUUGUUCAAACCAUCCCGCAAGCACGACCGGACCAGACCGCGAAGGAUACCAUCUACUACUGCGCAUGGGCAGGCAGCUUCGGCUUGAAUUCUUGCAAUCCGCGUACCCUGUCGUCCCAUCUUCUCAACUACAUGGUAUCUAUCGAGGGAAUCGUAACACGUUGCUCCCUGAUCCGACCCAAGGUUGUGAAGAGUGUGCACUACAACGAGACGAAAGACAUGUUCCAUUUCCGCGAAUAUCAAGAUCAAACAAUGACAAACGGAGUCACCACUUCCAGUGUGUAUCCUCGCGAGGACGACGACGGCAACCCCCUUGUUACAGAGUACGGCUUUUGUACGUACCGCGAUCAUCAGACAAUCUCCAUUCAGGAAAUGCCGGAGCGCGCCCCUGCAGGCCAGCUUCCUCGUGGAGUGGACGCUAUUCUUGAUGACGAUCUUGUGGACAGCGUGAAACCUGGUGAUCGAGUUCAGCUGGUAGGCAUUUACCGGACCCUGGGUAACCGAAAUACCAAUCACAACAGCGCUUUAUUCAAGACAAUGAUUCUAACCAACAACGUUGUUUUGUUGUCAUCAAAAUCUGGCGGUGGUGUUGCGACUGCUACUAUCACAGAUACCGAUAUUCGCAACAUCAACAAGGUUUCCAAGAAAAAGAACCUGCUAGAGUUGCUGUCACAGUCUCUUGCCCCUAGUAUUUACGGCCAUGACUACGUCAAGAAAGCCAUCCUACUCAUGCUUCUGGGGGGUAUCGAGAAAAACCUCGAGAACGGAACACAUUUGCGUGGAGAUAUCAACAUCUUGAUGGUUGGUGAUCCGUCUACCGCCAAAUCCCAGCUAUUGCGCUUCGUUUUAAAUACAGCACCACUGGCCAUUGCAACAACAGGUCGCGGUUCUUCAGGUGUUGGUCUGACUGCGGCCGUGACUUCAGACAAGGAGACGGGCGAACGGCGACUUGAAGCUGGUGCAAUGGUUAUGGCCGAUCGUGGUGUGGUUUGUAUCGAUGAAUUCGACAAAAUGUCCGACGUGGACAGAGUUGCGAUUCACGAAGUCAUGGAACAGCAGACUGUUACCAUCGCAAAGGCAGGAAUCCACACAUCCCUGAAUGCUCGCUGCAGUGUAGUCGCUGCUGCCAAUCCCGUUUUUGGCCAAUAUGACCCUCACAAGGAUCCUCACAAGAACAUCGCGCUCCCAGACUCUCUCCUCUCACGUUUUGAUUUACUUUUUGUUGUCACGGAUGACAUUGAAGACACUCGUGAUCGACACGUCUCAGAGCAUGUCCUUCGUAUGCAUCGAUACCGUCAGCCAGGAACGGAAGAAGGUGCACCUGUACGAGAACAAGGAACACAGUCUUUGGGUGUAGCAACUUCCAACCAGAAUGAAACUCAGGGACCAACCGACGUGUACCAGAAAUUCGAUGCAAUGCUUCACUCUGGUGUUACCAUUACAUCCGGUCGAGGUGCGAACAAGAAACCCGAAAUUCUGAGUAUCCCUUUUAUGAAGAAGUACAUACAAUACGCCAAGACAAGAAUCAAGCCUGUACUCACCCAGGAGGCCGCUGACCGCAUCAAUGACAUCUAUGUUGGUUUACGAAAUGAUGAGAUGGAGGGUAACCAGCGAAGGACAAGUCCCUUGACUGUCCGUACCCUUGAGACCAUCAUUCGUCUUGCUACGGCGCAUGCCAAGUCUCGCUUGUCGAGCAGAAUUGAGGAGCGCGAUGCGCUUGCUGCAGAGGGAAUUCUGAGAUUUGCUUUAUUCAAAGAAGUUGUGGAAGAGUCACGAAAGAAAAGGAGAAAGACUCAAACAGUCGACUUUGCGUCGUCCAGCGACGAGAGCUCGGGCGACGAUGAGGAUGGGGAUGAAGCAAAUGGCACACAGGCCAGCAGGUCCGCUUCCAGAACGACUCGCAACAGCAACCGCCUCCAAACAAGAGGAACCAGCGACAGUAGAGAACCCGAAGCACCUGAAAACGAAUCCCAGGCCACACCACGUCGCUCUGGCAGGAGGGUGCAAGAGUCAUCACAGACCUCCUUCGCCUCAUCGAUGCCUUCUUCGCAACUUCCAUCUGAGAGCCAACUCGAGUCUCAAGAAGGUGACGAUCUUGCCGACGAAACUGCUGCGCUCGCUAUCGAUGACACCCCCAUUUCCUCUCAGCGCCUGACAACCUUCCGGACGACCCUUGGCCAGCUUCUCAACACCGAUCUCUUCGAGGACGACACAGCCGAGGUAGAUGCAGUUAUCGAAGCCGUCAACAGCAAGGUUGGAAGACGUAACGUAUUCGACAAGGUCGAGGCGACGAAGGCACUACAGAAGAUGAAUGAAGCGAACCAAAUCAUGCUCACGAAUGAUGAUCAACAAGUUAUCAAGAUCUAG